AUGAUAGUAGAAAAUAAUAACCUAAUCUAAAAAAAAUCUACUUAGUCAACUUAAUCAUCUUAAAUAAAUUAGAUAAGCAAUGAAGAAAGAGAGUAACUUUUAUUAAUUGCAGAGGAAUUUGAAAAAGAAUAGGAGUAAAAUCUUUAAAGGAAUUUAAAGCUAAGGUUAGAAGAAAAAUAAAUGGAGCAGUUUUAAUACAAGGAUGCUUUUUUCAACUAUAAUCAUAGUGAUAUUGAUGAUUAUCUUAAGUUAUAAGAAGAAUAUAUCGGACCCUGGUAGGUAAAUUUCGAAAGAGUAUAACAUGGAUAAGAUUUUGGAGUGAAGGUUCCUUCUAUGACAAGUUUGGUCAAGGGAUUAAUGGAUUAAUGGGAAGUGGAACAAAAAGGAAGAUGA